AUUGCAUGUUUAAGGAGGCCCUUCGAUGUUUUAAAGCUUCCUUUACUUGCUUGGCUACAUUCGAAGAUUUUGCUGCUUUUAGUCGAGUCACUGUUAGUUUUAGCUUGAGAAUGUUGCAAAGGUGGAGUAAAGCAAUCACUCAUGUUUCUAAAAUUGGAUCACAAAGUAAUUUGAGAUCUGGCAAAGACAUUUGUGCCAUGACGCGCCUAAGUUAUGCGAAGGUUGCGGCAGCGUCGUCGCCAACUUCAACUAAUUUUAAGGAGAACGAUUGUACAAAUGAACCCAAGGUUAAUUUAGAUAAAAUGUUCUGGUCAAAGCCCUGCUCACUGGCCUUGGCUGAAAAUUCGCCACUAAGAGUUCAAGAACCCAAUUUUGAGGGCAUCAAGCGGUUCUUUCUGAAAAUGUUGAUGUUUUAUAGUAAACAGAGCAAGUCAAUUCGAGGAGCUAAUGUGGUAUACCAGAGAAUCCUUUCACAGGUUGAUAAACCUCCUAUUUACGAAGUGUUUAACUUGGAGAAAACAUUUAAAACAACAUUUGCUUUACUUGUACUUCACAUGUGGCUAUGUUUGCGUCGCUUGAAGCAAGAGGGAAAGGAGGGAGUUGAAUUUGGGCAAUACCUAUAUGAGAUAUACAAUCAUGAUGUGGAGCUAAGAGUGUCUAAAGAAGGAGUUAACCUCUUGUUGACUAGGUGGAUGAAAAAUCUAGAGAAAAUUUUCUAUGGAAAUAUUGUUGCUUAUGAUACAGCCUUGCUUCCUGAAGCUAAACCGAAUGAUUUUUCUGAUGCAAUAUGGAGGAAUAUAUUUUCUGGCGAUGGUUUGUCAACACCAGAUGCUGCUGCAUUGCGGACAGUGCAGGCAAUGGCCAGAUAUGCUCGUCGGGAAGUAAGUUCUCUCUCUUUGACAGAUAAAGAAGCAAUAUACUCAGGGAAUUUUACAUUUACCUCACUGAAGCGCGAGAUCAAGAGUGCGAAGGGGAACCAAUAGUUAAACAUUUCUUGAACAAAAUCAUAGGGAACAAAAAAAAAGACCUUUUCCACUAUUUGUUGCCCGGAAAAACAUUGAAUAAUUAUUAUACAAGCUCGUAUUGUGGCAUCUUGAAAGCCGAGUUGUUUUUGCUCAGAUAAAAGGGAGAAGUGUUAAAGUGAUGUUAAAAUAUUGUAACUUUUCUGGAAUUAUUUGUUCCUUAGGAAUUUGACAACUAGAGUGGGAUUCAUGUAUUUGCACAGUACGAAGAUAAAUGUUAUUGCUCCCAGCGUAUAAAGAAUGCCAUUUUUAUGCCC